AUGCGGAGCGCCCCGGUCUCCGGGCUCCUGCCGCUGCUCCUGGGGCUGCGGCUGCUGCUGGGCGGCGGCGCCGCGGCUCAGUACUCCAGCGACCUGUGCAACUGGAAGGGGAGUGGCUUAACCCACGAGUCUCACAGGAAGGAUGUUGAACAGGUCUACCUCCGCUGUUCUGAAGGGUCCAUAGAGUGGAUGUACCCCACGGGAGCACUCAUAGUCAACCUGAGACCCAAUAUUUCACCUGCCUCUUACAAACACUUGACUGUUUGCAUAAAGCCCUUCAAAGACUCUGCAGGAGCAAAUAUUUAUUUGGAAAAAACUGGAGAACUGAAACUCUUGGUCCGAGAUGGAGACCGCAGCCCCAGCAGAGUGUAUUGCUUCAGCUACGACCAGGGGGGCCUAUUUGUGGAGGCCACUCCCCAGCAGGACAUUAGCAGGAAGAUUACAGGCUUCCAGUACGAAUUGAUGAGCAAGGGGAUAGCAGCUGAUUUGCACACAGCUUCUGCUCCCUGCCGACCCUGCAGUGACACCGAGGUCCUCCUGGCUGUCUGCACUAGUGAUUUCGUCAUCAGAGGCUCCAUUCAAAACGUAACGAACGAGGCAGAAGAGCAAGAAUCCAUAAUUCAUGUUGGCGUCAACAAACUGUACAGGCAGAAGAGCAAAGUCUUUCAGCUGACAGGGGAGAAUGGGAACUGGAGAGGACAAAUAAAGACCUUGCUUGAGUGUGGGGUGAAGCCAGGAGAUGGAGACUUCCUUUUCACGGGACGUAUGCACUUUGGGGAGGCCAGGUUAGGCUGUGCCCCUCGUUUUAAAGACUUCCAAAGGAUGUACAAAGAGGCAAAAGACAAAGGGCUAAACCCAUGUGAGAUUGGCCCCGAUUGA